AUGGCUCAGCACCAAGCUCCACCCCCUUAUAAUCCCUCAGCUAUACAUGAAGCACCUACGGGUCACGUAUAUCCUCCUCUUGCGGAUUAUAUGGGUCUUGAACUGUCACAAGAUACCAUUGCCUUGAACAUGCCGGAAUAUCAAAUCCAAACUGUGCAACCAAGAGGGACAGUGAAUACUUUAGUUGCUCCACUUUCUUCUCAAUCUACAAGUUUGGCUAAAGCGACUGUUACACAAGCUAUUCGUCAAGUUGUCCUUUGUAAAGACCGUGAUGGCAAAUGUGGGUUAAGGCUUCAUUCUGUAAAUAAUGGAGUUUUUGUUUGCUACAUAACUAAUGGUAGCCCGGCAGCUUUGGCUGGACUGCGGUUUGGGGAUCAGAUACUGGAAAUAAAUAAUGUACCACUGGCAGGAAUGACUAUGGAUCAGUGUCAUGCAAUACUGAAGAAGGCACCUGCCAAUGGCAUCACUAUGGCAGUUCGGGACAGACCAUUUGAGAGAACAAUCACAUUACACAAAGACUCGCUUGGUCAUGUGGGCUUUCAGUUUAAGGAUGGUAAUAUUGUUGGUCUAGUUAAAGACUCAUCAGCAGCCCGUAAUGGCCUCCUAACCGAUCAUCAGCUACUAGAAAUAAACACAAUAAAUGUGGUUGGUAUGAAAGAUAAGGAAAUAUCAAGAGUUAUUGAUGCAAGCCCAUCUGUUGUAAACAUAACAAUUAUUCCACAUUAUAUCUACAAACAUAUGAUAAGCAAGAUGUCAACUUCAUUGUUUAAAGAGCAAGAUCGCACACCAGCUGUUUAA